AUGCAGAAGUUCUCGAGGCUCGGCCGCCUGGGCCAGAGCCUUGCUUCGCGCAGGCAAUUGGCCACCGUCAGCGAUGCUCCCCUCUCCCGCAAGGUCGAGAUGACCAACUGGGAGAAGGGCCACUACAUCAACUACCAGAAGAUGAACGAGAACCUCGAGAUUGUUCGUGCCCGCUUGAACCGCCCGCUUACUUUCGCCGAGAAGAUUCUCUACUCCCACUUGGACGACCCCCACGGCCAAGAGAUUGAGCGCGGCUCCAGCUACCUCAAGCUCCGCCCCGACCGUGUAGCUUGCCAGGAUGCCACCGCCCAGAUGGCCAUUCUUCAGUUCAUGUCAGCUGGUCUGCCCUCCGUUGCCACACCCACUACCGUCCACUGCGAUCAUCUUAUCGAGGCCCAGGUUGGUGGUGAGAAGGAUUUGGAGCGCGCCAACGAGAUCAACAAGGAGGUCUACAACUUCUUGUCCACCUCUUGCGCAAAGUACAACAUUGGUUUCUGGAAGCCCGGCUCUGGUAUCAUUCACCAGAUCGUGCUUGAGAACUACGCUUUCCCUGGUGCUCUCCUCAUUGGUACCGACUCCCACACUCCCAACGCCGGUGGUCUCGGUAUGGCCGCCAUUGGUGUCGGUGGUGCUGACGCUGUCGAUGUCAUGGCCGGUCUCCCCUGGGAACUGAAGGCACCCAAGGUCAUUGGUGUUAAGCUCACUGGCAAGCUCUCCGGCUGGACUGCUCCCAAGGACAUCAUCCUUAAGGUCGCUGGUAUCCUCACCGUCAAGGGUGGAACCGGUGCUAUCGUCGAAUACCACGGACCCGGUACCGAAAGCUUGUCCUGCACCGGCAUGGCUACGAUUUGCAACAUGGGCGCAGAAAUCGGUGCAACGACCUCGCUUUUCCCUUUCAACGAUCGCAUGUACGAUUACCUCGCAGCCACCAAGCGUCGUGACAUUGGCGACUUCUCUCGCGAGUACGCCGCUCAGCUUCGCGAGGAUGAGGGUGCCGAAUAUGAUGAACUUAUCGAGAUCAACCUCGACGAGCUUGAGCCCCAUAUCAACGGUCCCUUCACCCCCGAUCUAGCUACACCCAUCAGCAAGUUCAAGGAGGCCGUCAAGGCCAACAAGUGGCCUGAGGACCUCAAGGUCGGUCUCAUCGGUUCCUGCACCAACUCUUCGUACGAGGACAUGAGCCGUGCCGCCUCUAUUGCCGAGGAUGCCAUGGCUCACGGCGUCAAGGCCAAGUCUCUCUUCACCGUCACCCCUGGUUCUGAGCAGAUCCGCGCGACCAUCGAGCGUGACGGUCAGCUUAAGACCUUUGAAGAGUUUGGUGGUAUGGUUCUCGCAAACGUAAGUUUUGACUGUACGAACUGCAUAUGA